AUGGACAUUUCCACUGCCUCCAUGUCAACACCUCUACUUGAGCUUGUCCGCCUCAACAAGGAACAUGUUCCUGGGUACUUUGAGGUCUGGAAGGACCCAUUCGCAACACGAUGGAGCAGUCACGGCCCCUGUCACACUCUAGCAGAUGCUGAGCAAUGGAUGUCUGAGCUACUACAAGAUGUGAACCCCAAAGGGGAAAACUACGCCGUCAUCCUCCGCAGCGAUCUCGACGACAGUGUCCUCGGCAGUCUAAAACAAAAAAGACAGGACAUGCAUCUGUCUGCCGACUUUAUUACCCCAGGAGCUUUCUUGGGAUGGAUCGGCACCUGGAAGUCAGACCCGGUGCCUGAAGUUGGGUUCAUCCUUCAUCGGGAGGCAUGGGGCCUCGGUUUCGCCACGGAAGCCCUCACCGCGUUCGUGGAUCUGUUCUGGAGAGUCAGGCCCGAAUUUUCCAUUCUAGAAGCAUGGUGUGACACAGAGAAUGAGGCUUCGGCCAAGGUGUUGAGGAAGUGCGGGUUUGACUUGGUUGAGACUGCUUAUGGGGAUUAUUCCUUGUCGUGGAUGACACCUCCUCUGAGAAAUAGCAUGCGGUUUCAGGCAACACGAGAAGUCAUCACGGAUUCGAAGUGA